GUUCGGCUUUCCCCAGAAGGCAGCUGACUACACAGGACAUAGCUGUUUGCUUCCCAACCCAAGAUGAAGUCCGUCCAGCUUUGCCUCCUGCUCUGGUGCUGGAGAGCAAUCUGCUGCCGCAGCUGUGAGCUGACCAACAUCACCAUCGCGGUAGAGAAGGAAGAGUGUCGUUUCUGCGUAAGCAUCAACACCACGUGGUGUGCGGGCUACUGCUACACCAGGGACUUGGUGUAUAAGGACCCAGCCAGACCCAAUACCCAGAAAGUAUGUACCUUCAAAGAGCUGGUGUAUGAGACUGUCAGACUGCCAGGCUGUGCCCACCACUCAGACUCCUUCUACACAUACCCAGUAGCCACUGAAUGUCACUGUAGCAAGUGUGACAGCCACAGCACUGACUGCACCGUGCGAGGCCUGGGACCCAGCUACUGCUCCUUCGGUGAAAUGAAAGAAUGAAGAACAGUGGACAUUUCAGUUCACCCACCCUUGUCCUGAAAGACCAGGAUAUCCAAAAUGUCCGUGUCUGCUCUAAGCUGUGGCUGCAAACCGCCACCGGCUUGGGGACCGCCAGGCCCACUGUCUUUUGCUACUGACAGAUAGGGAGGAGUUGCUGAGGACUGGGAGUCCUGGGGCCAGGAUUCCUCCACCGCUCAUCCCUCUAUCCAUGCUGUUGGCUACCCAAGUUUUAUUCACUCUGACCUCACAGCUUUGUGGGGUCUUUCCUCUUCAACAGUCUUAGGAACCUUCUAAAGCAAUCCCUUCCUUUUAGACAGAGGGGUGCCUGAGUCCAGAAAGGAAGGUGGAAGUCUGUGAAAGAGCCAAAUCUAAGACAGUCUUCUGCUAGCCUUUUAGAGACUCCAGGGUGAUUGCAAACUUAAGGCCCCAACUCUGCAUGGAAUUAAAUGUGAAACUCAGUGGCUUCCCUAAGGAAGAGAAGAUGAGAUGCACCAUGUGCAGGGAAGUGCUGCUUUAGUCGGCUGAGGAAAGCUGGCCCCAAAAAGGCCAGGCUACUCAACUCUUCUGAAGCCUGUGGAGUUUUGAGACAGGAUCAAACAUCUGUGGCUUGUUUUAUGCAGAUGAGGACAGCAGGAUGUGACCAAGCUCAGAAUUUCCAAGCUAUUGACACCUAGUUCCUUAGUUUAAAGGAAAAAGAAAAAUUUAAUUUGAGACCAUGGCUAUUAAUCUAUGUUUAUUCAUUAUAUUAAAAAAUGAUCAAAUGCUAGGGUCUGGCAAAACUCCCCUUUGGAAUCAAGGAAAACAACAGUGAAAGUGUUUGAUAAGUGAUCUCAUUAGCUUUCCAUAACACUCAGAGAGGGGAGAUUUUAAAGUAGGUUUCAAAGUAAUUUCCGCAAUUGAUUAAACACAUUUAGCUUACCUACAAGUACACCUGCAUAAAUUAAUGGUUAUAGAAAAUUAACCAUGAGGGGAAAACUGAUGUUUUCUAGAAUCCCCUACUUCUCUUUUGUCUGUCCAUGCUCUCCCAAAUCUUUUGUUCCUUUCAAAGCAGUAGACACCGAGAAAACAUCAUGAGUUGAAUUCUUUUAAAGAUGCUAACUCUUUUGCUCAUGUACUUAUUUCACAGUUACAAUGCUUGACUAAUUUAUUGAAAUCUUAUUUUUGUAAUAAAUAUGCUUCUUACAAA